GUCUUUUUACCCGCCGCGCUCGGCAUCUACGUCUUUCUACCACUGGUGGCAUUAAGGGGGCUUGUUCUCUUCCGAAGCUUUUCCCAUUUUCCCGAAUCCAAUCUGGGGAAGAGCACGGGCCAAGUGGCCGUUCUUCUUUCGAAUUCUUGCAAGGGAAGGGAGGACAGCUGUUACUCUUGUUUGGGCAAAAGGCUAUUGCUGGUUUCGUAUUUUCAAGAAUUCCGGGAACACUACCACCACCACAUUUUCCUCCGCAUUCCCCACCACUUUCCUUUUCGACAUCUUUGAUCUUGUUGUCCUCGAUGGAAGAAGACAAGAAGAAAAAGAAGAACAAGAAAAGAAAGAAUAAGCAGAAUAAAACAACUGCAGAUUCCGCUCCAGGUGAUGCUCCUGGAGCAUUUUCCGUUUCUCCUUCUGCUCAACACAUUCCUGUUACUGAAUCUGCCAAGAUUAGUUCAGCUCUGGUUGACAACCCAGAUGCUCAAGAAGAUGAUACUGCAUCUGGAAUGACUUUGAACCCACAUGGUGUUAUCUUUGAAGAGAAAAUUCAAAUAUUACUACAAGAAAAAAAUGCAAUCUUACAAAAAGAGGCUACCCUGCUGGAGAAAAUUGAAGAAUUGCAAAACGAGAAGGCUGUACAUGUGCAGAGAGAGGCUAGUCUUGAAGAGCAAAUUUUACAGUUACAAAAAGAAAAAGAUGCUUUCAUGCUAAAAGUGGAUGCUUUAGGACAAAAAAUUCAACAAAUGCAGAUGGAAAAGGAUGCUCACGUGCAGAAAGAGAGUGCUUUGGAGGCUGAAGUAGGACACCUGACAAGUGAGAAGGAAUCUUGGUAUCACAAAGAGGCUCACUUUGAAGAGAAAAUUAACCACCUUAUGGUUGAAGCUGCAACAUUGAGCUCGAAAAAGGUAAGCUUAGAGGAAUUUGUAAAACAAAUGGAGGAAGAGCGAGAUUCAUGGAUAUUGCAGGAGAAUUCAUCCAAGGAAGUAAUUGCCAAGCUAAAUGGUGAUAACACGCGACUAAAAUCUCAGGUGAUGGAGUUGGAAGAAUUAAGGAACGGUCUGUUACAAGAAAACCAUCUGUUGACGGAAAAUAUAUCCGGUCUGCAGUCACAGAUUCUGAGUUUAGAGCGGACUGCCAUUGUUUCUCAGUCAUCUAGUGAUAGCAAAAUGGUGAUGAAUGAGUUGUACGUUGAAAUUGAUCGCAAUGGUCUGCAACAAGAAAUACCUUCAGCUGAAAUGCCAACAACUGUUCAUCUUGCUGAUAGUACAGCUGUUGGGCCGCAUCUGAUGGUUGGAGCUAUUGAAGCACAAGAAAGUUGUCCUGCUAACGAUUCAAUGGACGAAGCCAAUGCCAAGAUGCUCGUGCCUGAUAAUGAAGUGCAGUCGCCGGAAAAUAACGUCAACAAUGAUGCGAGGGGCGAAGGAGAGUAUUUGGAUGACAAAAAAGAUAUGCUGGUUACGGAAUCCUCUGAAAUGACCAAGUCAGAUGAAAUUGUGCAAAUUCCAUUGGAUGAGAAUGAAAACAAAAAGACAGAUGUGGAGGCUACCAGUAAUGCUGAAAAGACUGUAGUACCGCUCUCAGAUGCUCCACUGAUCGGUGCUCCAUUCCGUUUAAUUUCUUUUGUCGCUAGAUAUGUUAGUGGUGCUGAUAUGGCGGAGAAGAACUCUGUAAAUUUAGGUAGGUAACUCCUCAUACUUGUAGUUUUGGGGGGUGGGUGUGUGGUGCGAGAUUUUGUAAGCGUCACUUGAUGGGAAGUAGAAAUACGAGGGAAGUUAUUAAGGGCGGAGGGGGCGGGGGGACUAACCGUAGUUGUCGUGAGUAACAAAUUGGUCACUCAUUGGUUGGGAUGGAAAAGUGCUCAAUCAUUUCUUGAGAGCAAAUUGAUUGUGUUUUUUUUUUUCCCUUUCCAACCUCUGAAAAGAAGAUAGGAAGAGAUAUCUCGAGGGGAAAUUUUCUAGAUUGUAUUCUCGAAUUCAGAACACCUUGUUUGGUUAUAGAUAGUAGUGAUGGACAUACUUUGAUGUAACCAGGGAACACGCAGGGUUCUUCCCUUCCGUUGGGAUUUUUAUUGAAGAACAUUUUGAAAUCA